AUGGUCAGGUUGUGCUUUGUUUGUCUAUUUUUGAACCACGACGAGUUAAAGAUCCACUGGCAGGAGGGUGUACAGGAUGAGAUUGCAUCGCUACUGAAGGAGGAAGACCGUGGUCAGAACAAAGUCUGCCAGAUUUAUUAUGUCAAUUAUAUAGUUAUUGCAACUUCAUUAGUGGUGAUCAGAACAUUUCAGUUGUGCUCACAGGCGGCCCGGGGGAUUCCUGGAGAAACUGGGAAUGUUUGUAACCACUCGGACCCCUCCUUCAGAAAGUUGGAGGCAAAGGGAAGGAGGGGCACCCCACGCACACCCCUCGCCCCAUCCCCGCAGCACUCCCAGGUCCCCGGCGCUGGCUCUGCCCUGUCCAGCGCCAGGAGCCAGGGCCAGCACACCCCCGUCCUGCCCGUCACCCCCGGGCACCCCAUCCCUGCCCGCCACCUCCGCACCCGCGCCGGGCGGGGGGUCUGGCUGCGGGCGUGCCAGCGAGCGGGGAAGGGCAGUAGGAAGCGGGGGAAGUGGGAGGGAGACGGGUCAGAAGGGUCCGUCCCGGGAGAUGGGUGGGGAGAGGCAGCGGGCGAGCUGGGCUGUGCCGCAACGCCCCUCGCUAUAAAACGGAGGGGCCGCGCUCGGAGCGGGAGGAGCGGUGCGGCCGGGAGGGAGAGCGGCCGGAGUCCGGCCCCGCUGAGUCCGGCCCCGCUGAGUCCGGCCCCGCUGAGCCCGGCCCCGCUGAGCCCGGCCCAGCAGAGCCCAGCCCAGCCCAGCCAAGCCCAGCCCAGCCGAUCCGAGCCCGGCGCGGUGCGAGCGCUGCCGGGGCUGAGCCGCCCCUCUGCGAGCGCUGCGCGGAGCCAGUAAUAGAUGGAAACAGAGUUAAUUUUCACACUGGAGGAGAGCAGAAGUCCACCCAUUUCCGAUGGUGUAAGGUGUUCCUGCCUUCCUGCUUCGACACAGUACCUUGCUUGGGCUGGACCACAUGUGCAAACUGCAGCUAGAAGUUACUGGUUUAAAAGGCAGCAAAUACCAGCCUGGAAUGCCAGUAACAGCACUGCAGAAGUGAGGAGAGUGCUGCCUUUUAGUUUCAAACAUCACAACUCAACAACCUGCUUUUUACAGUCUUAGAACAAGAAGAUGCAUGAUUGUAUUUGUGUUACCUGCUGAAGGAGUAAUAUUAUCCUUAAUUGUAUUAAACAUUGGAAAAUGUA